AUGGAAACUCCGGCGCUGCCGCCGCCAGACAAUGAUCGUGACCGGGAGGUGCUGAGCAAGCUCUCCCAAAUCCGAGAUCAGCUUGUUCUUCUGAAGACGGAUCGCACCACCUACCUGCGAAGCCAGGAGGUGAUACCCCUCUACAACGAAACUGUCGAGCAAGUCCUGAAACUAGACAAUCUCGGCUUCGUAGAUGGGAAACCCCAGACGCAACGUCGCAAUAAUGAAGCACCUGCCGUGUACGCCCCUACGACAACCAUGCUAAGCUCUCUCAAUGUCAACCGCGACCAGGCUUGCCCGCGGUCAUAUGUCACUCUCCUCACGCACCGCAUCGAGCUCUGCCGAACCUCCCUCACUGCUCUCCGAGAGCGCCUCAACAGGCUUGAGGAUCCUCUGCCUGAUAUCUACGAGAGAAUCAUCUCUCUCAUCCGCACUAUAUCGAGGGCUAACACCCGGCCGACGGUUUCCGUCUCGGAGGUUACCGGUCUGCAAAAGAAGGCACAGGAGAUCGCCGAACAGCGCCAAGAUGGAAAUUUCGUGGCGGAGGACGGGAGAGUACCGGCAGGCAACGAUAUUGUUAAUGAUGUCUUAAGCCGGUGUCUCGGCUGGUCCGAGGCUGUUCUUGAGAGGAAGGGCGCGAUCCCGGAUGGCUUUAAGCCUCUUUACGACAAACUCAUCCUAGUCAGGAAUCACUUGGAAAAGCUCUCAGUUACCCACGCCUGGGCUUUGCGAGAGGCUGACCUCUACGACUACCAUCGCACCCUGGAUAGAAUUGAUGACCUACGAGUCAAUGGCAACUGGGUGGACGACCAAGGAAAUGAAGCAGAUGUCUACGUCCGAAGAAUGCUCCUCUACUUGAUCCGGAGGUCGUACGGAUUUGUCUUCCAGUUGAUGAUGGCUUCUCAGCCCGUGUCGGAAGCGCUUCUUCCGGUAUACAACCAGCUCAAGACUCUCAAACGAUGCCUGACCGAAGUCCGAGAUAACGGCGGCAUCAGGAAUCUGCGCGAAGUGUACCCCUAUAGCAUGAAGCUCAACUCCAUCGAUAAUAUGCGCAAGGAUGGCAAAUUCAUGGUCGGAGAUGAUAUUCCCGAGGGUCAAGGAAGGGUGACGGAACUUCUCGAAGACUGUUUCGAUCUCUCGCAGGAGCUCAAGAUUGCGGCUGAGGACGCAGAAGCCAAGGCCAAGGAAGCUAAAGAAUCAUCCAGUACGGAUCUCGAGUCUAGGACGGCUUCCGAGGCUGAGUCGGAUGCGGAGACGGACGAGGAGACGGAGGACGAUGCGAACGACGGGCCUAUUAUGAAGCCUCAUAAUAAUGUCCCGAUAUCUGCGUAG